AUGAACACCUGGAAUCACACAAAUAAACCAGACUUCAUCCUCUUGGGACUGACAGAUUCCAAAGAGAUCCAGUUAGUCCUCUCUGUGCUGUUUCUCCUGAUAUACAUGGUCACUGUGCUGGGGAACACAGGAAUGAUGCUUAUCAUUUGUGUUGAUAGCCAGCUUCACACCCCAAUGUAUUUCUUCCUCAUCCAUCUGUCAUUCCUUGACCUCAGUUACUCGACUGCCAUCACACCUAAAACCUUAGAGAACCUGAUGACUUUGAACAAGAGCAUUUCCUUUAUAGGUUGUUUCACCCAACUGUACAUUUUCAUCCUCUUGGCAGCUACUGAAUGUCUUCUGCUUUGCUCAAUGGCCUAUGACCGCUACAUAGCUAUCUGCAAACCUUUACAUUAUCCUAUCAUUAUGUCUUCACAAUGCUGUCUUGUCUUGCUCACUGGAUCCUACAUGAUUGGAACUGUGGAUUCCUCUGUUGGUGUGCUUGCCAUGAAUACACUACAUUUCUGCAAGUCCAACGUCAUCCAUCAUUUUUAUUGUGAUACAUCUCCACUUUUAUCUCUGUCCUGCAGUGACACAAAUGUAGUUGAAAUAAUUAUAUUCAUUUUUGCAGGUUCCACCAUUCUGGGUUCCCUUAUCACAAUAUCUGUAUCCUAUGUGUUCAUUCUUUCUACUAUUUGGAAGAUCAAUUCCACUUCAGGAAAGCAAAAGGCCUUCUCCACUUGUGCCUCUCACCUCCUUGGAGUCACUGUCUUUUACAGUUCUCUGAUCUUUACUUAUUUAAAACCGAGUAAGUCCUACUCCCUGGGAAAGGACCAAGUAGCUUCUGUUUUCUAUACAAUUGUGAUCCCCAUGCUGAACCCACUCAUUUAUAGUCUCAGGAACAAAGAAGUGAAAGGUGCUGUUGUUAGAUUAGUGAAGAAGAGACAAGGAUUCAGGAAGUUGAAUGAGGGUAAGCGGUGA